ACGAACAGAACUAUCCACGGAAGGAACAAGGAAGCUUAUGAUUUUACUUUUUGACCGGAGGUAGCUAAAUUCUCGUUAUCUGAUACAGACACUUUACCAAUGCGAGAUUUUGCUGUCACGAUCUGGAUCACUCUCGUCUGUCCUAUCUCCCUUUAAGCGCGGCAAGCUGGUGUGCCAUUUGGAUUUGGUUGCUGUGCUGCCGCCGAUAGAUGGGGCCGUCGGGCCAUGUUCUUCUUCAGGUCCAACCGUCCAAGUUGCAGGUGUGCGAAUAAAGGAAAUCUUAUGCAGCUUUCUGGAUCAGAGCCACUACGAUACUGCGCAUACAAUACAAUGAAACAAAGCCGCUGCCUUUUUGGCUCAUUAGAUUCUUCAUCAGUUCCAUGAAUUCCGCCAGUGAGCAAGAGCUGAGCCAAAUCCGGCAGCACGAGCCUGCAGAAGCUAUGCUCUCUCAGGCCGUGUCGCUCUCGUCGCAACCAAGCCUUCCUUCCCUGCCAUCGUUAGGUCCCCGCGACCUAAACGUCAGCCCUUGCCACCACCGGUGCGUCGCCACCCUCAGAGACCACGCCUCCUACGUCUCGGCCCUCGCCUUCGACGGCCACUCGCUGUACAGCGCCUCGUCGGACGGCCGCAUCAGGGUGUGCCCAUUGGGCGACGCGAGCGGGAGGCAGGAACAGCAACGGGACGACGACGACGGUUGCAGGGCUACGGUGGUCGUUGCGGCGUGCGACAGCUCCGUGAAGUGUCUUCUCGCCACGGGCAGCAACGGUCUCCUCCUCAGCUCCCACCAAGACGGCAAGAUCAUGGCGUGGCGGACCGGAAGCAGGAAGGAUGGGACCCCGCGCCUCGUUCUGCGCGCCGUCCUGCCGACCUGCGUGGACCGGCUGCUGACGUUCCUGCUCCCGUGGAGCUACGUGCAGGUCCGGCGGCACCGGUGGCGCACCUGGGUGCACCACGUGGACGCGGUCACCGCGCUCGCGGUGUCCCCGGACGGCGCGCUCCUGUACUCGGCGUCAUGGGACCGGAGCGUCAAGGUGUGGCGGCUACCGGGGUUCCGAUGCGUGGAGUCCAUCGCGGCCGCGCACGACGACGCCAUCAACGCGCUGGAGGUGUCGCCCGACGGGCACGUGUACACCGGCUCCGCCGACAAGAAGAUCAAGGCGUGGAGGCGCCACCCGGAGCGGAGGAACAAGCACGUGCUCGUGCAGACGAUGGAGCGCCACAGGUCGGCGGUGAACGCGCUCGCUCUAGGAGCCGACGGGAAGGUGCUCUACUCCGGCGCGUGCGACCGGUCGGUGGUGGUGUGGGAGCGGGCCGACGGCGGCGCCGGGCGCAUGGAGGCCACUGGCACGCUCAGAGGACACGCCAAGGCGAUCCUGUGCCUGGCGGCGGCCGGGGACGUGGUGUGCAGCGGCUCCGCGGACAGGACGGUGAGGGUGUGGAGGAGGGGAGCGGAGAAUAAUACGGGGUACACUCGCCUGGCCGUCCUGGAAGGCCACGGCGCGCCUGUGAAGAGCCUAGCUUUGGUGUACGGACGUGACCGCGGCUUGUUCAGCGGUUGGGGCGAUCCAGAAGAGGGAUCGUCCGGUGGUGGUGGUGGCGCCGGCGCCGGCGGCCAUUGUGCUAUUGUUUGCAGUGGCGCGUUGGACGGCGAGGUGAAGAUUUGGAGCGUAUUGUUUCCGGUUCUCUUGUAGACAGUAUACUGCUGCAUGAGCAUGAAUCAUGAUGCUGAAUGCCUGCGUUUUUGGACAUUUAGAUUAGCGUUAUGGGAUUUGCUACCCUUGUUCUUUGGGAAAAAAAAAGACAUCUAUUUUAAAACAUUGAGUUCCAUAA